GGAAAAGAUCCGGAGAAGGUAAAAACUAACCAAUAAUAUCAAUACACAGAAUGAUGCAAACCCAAGUUGCAUCACGUGCGGGAUACAGUAAUCUACCGCAGUUUGGUGCAGGAAUCGCACAGGAUAUAAAGACACAGGCUAUAAAUAAUUUGAAGGAAUGUUUGAAACUUACCACUAUCAAUCGAUUUUUGACUUCAUCAUACGAAGAAGAUGCAAAAAGUGUAGAACGCAAAAUAUUCUCGGCCGUUUAUCAAAUGACAAAAAUUGGUUUGAUUGAUCGCGAGAAGCGUGAGAUCAACGCCAUUUGGUUCACAUUUGUCGGGCUCAGCGCACAAAACAUUCGGCACUUGGAGAUUUGCUCGAUCACCGAUUUCAAUGCUCUGUUCAGCAUCACUAACCAAGAGUUGCGAUCGCUUGCGGAUCGUGGUCGUCUUGAUGUGGAGACCAAACGAAAGUUGCUUCAAUCUACAGUGAUUUUACAAAAUCACUGGAACGCGUAUCACAGUCGCACAUCAAGUGGAUCCACUGACGAGCCGUCAGGACAGUCAACACCAGCAAUUGUUACGCCAAGUCCGAAGUUUAACGUUCCUUCACUUUCAGUCACAAGUGCCAAAAUGAUUCAGUCAUCUAGUAUGGGAUUUGCUACGACACCAAAAUCUCCAAAAACAUCAUCCCGGCUUGUACAUGCAAUUCCUCACAAAUGGCACAGAUCAACAAAAUUCCGGUUUAGCGGUGAUGCAGUUUGUCAUUUUUGUCAAAGACCUUUAGGAUUUGGGUUUCUAAACGCCUGGGAGAAGUGCAGGUCGUGCAAAUGGAAGGUCCACACGCAGUGCAAAGGACGUGUUGGAGAUUCGUGUGGAUUGACACCCGAUCAUUUACGUUUCCUUUUCGACAAGCUCAUUCAAGAAAAUAAUGGGGGCAUGUGGAAAGACCCUCAAUCAGUGCCAGGCUCACGGUCCAUGAAUGAGCCAGCGUUCCAGUUUCCGGACACGGCGAUCGAUUCAUCGUCUUCUACAAAUAGUUCGGCUCCAUCGACACCGGCACUACCUGCUGGAAUUUCAGGAAACGUCAGCUCGCUCACCGCUCCUUAUCGCUCGGAGCGCAAAUUUCUCUUCCCUGACACAGAAAACUAUUCCGUGCACAAUCGUCUACCAAUUCUAGUCAUCAGCGAAGGAGAUCAUCCAACAACGACAGAAAUUCAACAGGAAACCGAGAAUCACAAUAAAUCGGCCGCCGCGAGUAUGUCUGGAAACAUUGAAAGUGAAGGUACAAUUGUUGCAAAUCAUGAAGAUUCAACCGGCAGUCAAGAGGUCGACAGUGAGGCGGCGCCGAGUCAAGAAGCGGUUGAUAAGUUUAAUAAAAGAGCCGAUGGAGGAUUCACGUGGGAGCGACAUGCGUGGAAUAUGAGCACAAUCAGAGGUCCUAAUGCUCAGGCGAGUUGGAAUGAAGUGACAAUUCAGUUUGAAACAAUUGAGUUCGACAAGCAAGCGCCAAUAAUUGGAAGGGGACGAUUUGGAAAAGUUCUCCGAGGAUUUCACUACGGUGACGUCGCAGUCAAAGUUUACACCAUGGAACACAUUUCCGAUGCUUCCAAGAAAGCCGAAGAGUUCAAGCUUGAAGUAUCCGCGUAUAAGAAUACCCGUCAUGACAACAUUGCUCUUUUCCUUGGCUACUUCAUGAGUGACGGCCAAUACGGAAUGGUGAUGUCACUGUCAAAAGGCAGCCAGUCUUUGUACACACUCCUGCAUGUAGUUAGAGAAAAGCUUGACUUGGCAACCACCAGAAAAAUUGCCCAGCAGAUUUGCCAGGCAGUUUCUUAUUUGCACACAAAGAAAAUUCUCCACAAGGAUUUGAGAAGCAAGAACAUUCUUCUUGAGAGCAAGAAUAAAGUUGUAAUCACUGACUUUGGCAUUCUGUCGAUGAAACGUCUUGCUCAUCCAAAACAAAAAUCCGGGUAUUUAACUUCAAAGUUUUGGACUAAUUAUAUUGCACCUGAGUUGGCAAUGGCGAUGCGUACUGAGUAUGAUGAGUACGAGUGCGAUGAUUUCCCAUUUUCCGAGAAUUCAGAUGUAUAUGCAUUUGGAUGUGUUUGGUUCGAGAUGCUCACAGGAGCACUUCCAUACGCCGGAGAGUUACCUCAUCAGAUCCUGUUCGCAAAAACCCAAGGAAUUCGGCCAGUUCUUCCAAACGUCAAGUGCACCCAAGAAUUGAAGGAGCUCCUCGUGUCAUGCUGGAACACUGCGCCGCAGGAUCGUCCAACACUAACCGAUAUCAAUUUAAAAUUGACAGCUUUACCCAAAAAACCACGUGUGAAUCGUAGUCCAAGUUUCCCAGUGAUGAUGAAAAGUUACGAGUCGACAUUUUAGAUUUUGAAACCAACCCUCAAAGACCAAUCGAUUCAAUGUUUUUUUCCAUGACAAACAUGUUCCAUUUUAUUGUGAUAUUUUCCUCCAGUAAUCUCACUACAGCAUCGUUUUCUGUUCAAGCUUCUGUAUUGUAACAGUUUUGAUUCGACACCAAAUCUGUAAUUUCAACCAAAAAAAUAUAUUUUGUAUAUUCUGGUCGUCAAUGUUGGCAAGUAACUCCGAUAAACACUAUUCUUCAUUUUUU